GCCCUAACAAGAGCCAAAUCUAACAUCAAAGAAGGCGUCUUCAUAAACGCCCUCGACUUUAUUCUCUUCCUUUUCUCCUUUCCGUUUCGUCGAUUCUUCAAUCUUCUUCUUCAAAAUGAGAGAGUGCAUCUCGAUCCACAUUGGUCAGGCCGGUAUCCAGGUCGGAAAUUCCUGCUGGGAGCUUUAUUGUCUCGAGCAUGGCAUUCAGCCUGACGGUCUUAUGCCAAGUGACAAAACUAUUGGUAGUGGAAACGAUGCCUUCAACACCUUCUUCAGUGAAACUGGCGCAGGCAAACAUGUUCCUCGUGCUAUUUUCGUAGAUCUGGAACCCACCGUCAUUGAUGAGGUGAGGACCGGUACCUACCGUCAGCUCUUUCAUCCUGAACAACUUAUCAGUGGCAAGGAAGAUGCUGCCAACAACUUCGCCCGUGGUCAUUACACAAUUGGGAAGGAAAUUGUUGAUCUCUGCCUUGACCGUAUCCGUAAGUUGGCUGAUAACUGUACCGGACUCCAAGGAUUCCUCGUUUUCAACGCUGUUGGAGGCGGAACUGGAUCUGGACUAGGUUCUCUUCUUCUAGAGAGGCUUUCAGUUGAUUACGGAAAGAAAUCAAAGCUUGGGUUCACUGUUUAUCCAUCUCCACAAGUCUCAACAUCUGUCGUUGAGCCUUAUAACAGUGUCCUAUCCACUCAUUCACUCUUGGAACACACUGAUGUUUCUGUUCUUCUCGACAAUGAAGCCAUUUAUGACAUCUGCAGACGCUCUCUUGACAUUGAACGUCCCACCUAUACAAACCUCAACCGCCUCGUUUCUCAGGUCAUCUCUUCCUUGACUACAUCACUAAGGUUUGACGGAGCCCUGAAUGUAGAUGUGACUGAAUUCCAAACCAAUUUGGUCCCAUACCCUAGAAUCCACUUUAUGCUUUCAUCCUAUGCUCCUGUGAUAUCUGCCGAGAAGGCCUACCAUGAACAGCUCUCUGUAGCUGAGAUAACCAACACUGCCUUUGAACCAUCCUCUAUGAUGGCCAAGUGUGAUCCCCGUCAUGGAAAAUACAUGGCUUGUUGCCUCAUGUACCGUGGAGAUGUGGUCCCUAAAGAUGUGAACGCAGCUGUGGCCACGAUCAAGACUAAGCGCACGAUCCAAUUUGUGGAUUGGUGCCCAACUGGAUUCAAGUGCGGUAUCAACUAUGAGCCUCCUACUGUGGUCCCCGGAGGUGACCUGGCUAAGGUUCAGAGGGCUGUGUGCAUGAUAUCAAAUUCGACUAGUGUGGCUGAAGUUUUCUCGAGGAUUGAUCAUAAGUUUGAUCUUAUGUAUGCUAAGAGGGCCUUUGUUCAUUGGUAUGUGGGUGAGGGGAUGGAGGAAGGUGAGUUUUCUGAGGCUAGGGAGGAUCUUGCGGCUUUGGAGAAGGAUUAUGAGGAGGUUGGUGCUGAGCAGGCCGAUGGGGAAGAUGGUGAUGAUGGUGAGGAGUAUUAAUGAGUUUGUUUGUUGUUUGUGGUGUGAUUUGUUUUUUAUUUUGUGUUUGAAUUUCUGUGUUUGUUUGUGACCAAGAUGGAUGGAUUAUUGAGACAAUGUUGUUGGUUUUAUUGAUGAUUUCUGUU